UCCAAGCGCCUGGCUGGAGACUGAGACAGAGAUCCACGGACUGCAGUGCAGGCGGCCCGCCCCAGCUCCGAGUCACAUAAGGUUGAAACAUCAGUAAAAAACAUGCAGAACCAAAGAUGGGGACCAAAAUCCAAAGCCAGAGGAUCCUGGAAAUCAGAGGGUCUUACAACAUAACAGGAGAGACUUACGAAUAGUGUUUUGGCAUCAUGGAACGUGUAGAUUGUACUUUGACGGCAACUUACGCCCACCCUAGACCAACACCAGCCAACUUUCUACCAGCCAUCAGUACCAUGGCCUCAAGCUACAGGGACCGCUUUCCCCACUCCAAUUUGACCCGUAGCCUGAGCCUUCCUUGGAGACCCAGCACAUACUACAAAGUCACCUCCAAUUCCCCAAGCGUGGCCCCGUACUGCACCAGAUCACAGAGGGUGUCCGAGAAUACCACGCUUCCCUUUGUUUCCAACAGAACCACUUUCUUCCCAAGAUACACACCGGAUGACUGGUACAGGUCCAAUUUAACCAACUAUCAAGAGUCCAACACUUCCCGACAUAAUUCGGAGAAACUAAGAGUGGAUACAUCUCGCCUGAUUCGAGACAAAUAUCAACAAACAAGAAAAACCCAGGCAGACACAACCCAAAAUCUGGGAGAACGUGUCAAUGACAUAGGGUUUUGGAAAUCUGAAAUCAUUCAUGAGUUGGAUGAAAUGAUUGGAGAGACAAAUGCACUUACUGAUGUGAAGAAAAGACUGGAGCGGGCUUUGAUGGAGACUGAAGCCCCUCUUCAGCAUUGUUCUUCGAACCACACAAAUUGCCGAUGCAUUGAAUGUGCUGUCUCCUCCCAGAAGCAUGUCAGCUCCUUAGAGAAGAGAUGUUGGUGUUGUCCACUGAUGCAUCCUGGGCUCGCAGAACACACAGCUUACAGGUUAGAAGGGAAAGCAUGGCUGAUUCAUCACUCUCACCGUCGUCUGCCUCUGCUUCUCUUUUUCAGUGUCUCAGUGCCCGAGUCCUGGGCCAAAUUUACAGAUGACAAUAUACUCCGCUUCCAGAGUGAAUGGUCAGCUUCCACUAAGCUUCUGGAUGACAUUGAAAACCUCUUGGUUGUGACUGCCAAUGAGGUGUGGAGUCAAUUCAACAAAGUGAACUUGUCUUUCACCAAUCGCAUUGCUGAGACUGCAGAUGCUAAGAAUAAGAUUCAGAUGCACUUAGCAAAGACCGAGCCAGUGGUUUUCCAGACUGAAAGGGCCAUAGAAUCCAUCAGGAAGGCCAUCAAGGACAAGACUGCCUUCCUGAAGGUGGCUCAGACCAGACUGGACGAGCGUACGCGGUGGCCGAAUAUUGAGUUGUGCCGAGACAUGGCUCAGCUACGCCUUGUUAACGAGGUACACGAGGUUGACGACACCAUCCAGACCCUGCAGCAGUGCCUGAGGGAUGCAGAGGACAGCCUGCAGGGGCUGGUCAACACCAAAGCCACCCUCGAGUAUGACCUAGUUGUCAAAGCCAAUUCCCUGUACAUCGACCAGGAAAAAUGCAUGAGCAUGCGCAAGAGCUACCACACCCUCCGGCUGGUCGGCUUCUGCUGGGGACCCCACCGGGUGUGGUUUUGA